AUGGCUUUUAGAGAUCUAAGCGGCACCCCUUUCUCUAUAUUCCAUAUUUUAAAGCAGAAAUCUCAACUCGCUUUAAAGAAUCACCGCCAGAAUCACCUAGAUAACACUGAGCAUCCUCAUCAAAACCCAGACAAGAUCGAAUCCUUGACGAAAGAUGCUACUAAUGAAACUCCGUCAAGCAACAGUAAUUCAACACCUCAACUCAAGCAAAUGGACACACGGGCACUGAUGUCCUUCGGUGACACAAACAUGAUCCAUGAAUAUGAAGAUGACCAGUCAUCGGAAGACACCGAAUCUCUCAGCCAGUAUCGAGUAAGCGACCUUUCUUCUGCAAACUUCAUGCAAUAUAAACCACAAACGAGUUUAAAUCUUCGAAAUUCGGACGAAAGACUGAGAGAAGACGUAAAGCUACAUCGUUACAAAUUUGAUUUCAAGCCGAAUCUGAAAUUCUCAGAAUCGGAUACAGAACCGCAAGAUGUUGGUGACUCAGUUUCGACGACUACCGUCGAAGAUUCCAGCAUUACCGCUACAUCCAAACCGAGCGAUGACGGCAUGUCCUACGGCGGCCAGUCUCCGUCAUCCAAACCGCGGAAGAAACGAUCACGGGCCGCGUUUUCUCACGCACAAGUUUACGAACUUGAACGUCGCUUUAGUCAUCAACGGUACCUCUCGGGGGCUGAACGAGCAGACUUAGCUCAGGCCCUAAAGCUCACUGAGACUCAAGUCAAGAUUUGGUUCCAGAACAGACGUUACAAGACAAAAAGGCGACAGCUCCAGCAAGAGCUGGGAACUGGUAUGUCACCAGCAAGAAGAGUGGCUGUCAAGGUUCUGGUUAAAGAUGACCAAGUGCUCUACCAGCCAGACGAAAUAGGAACCAGAGGACCCUUGUUAUAUCCAUCAUUCCCACUACCGGGUUUCGCACUCAGUUAUCUGUAUUCUCCUUGGUUGUUCGGGUGUGGUCAAGGACCUUUCCCACAUCCUCCUCCCCCUCACUUGGGGUGAAAUAGUACGAUAUUUCUCCAAGCAUAUUUUUAUGAUCUCUACACAUCAUGAUUGUUUUAAAGACCGAAUUAAUAAUCAGUCACCAAGCUCUGUCUCAAAAUGUUAAAAACAGUUAGCGUAAUUAAGGAAAUUAUGUUACCUGAAACUUAUUUUAUAGAACUGUUCAUAGCUCAAAGCAUUCGUGAGAAGUUGCGUACAAUCUCUUUUUUUCAUUAACUUCUUAAUUUUUAUAAAAUUUAAAUAUAAAGUAUGAAAAAAGUGUAUAUUUAAUAGAAUAUUAUUGAUAUUUUUCGUCAAAUUUACUAAUUUAUAUUUUAUUUCUAAAACUUGAUCUUAGACUGUCAGCAUAUAUUAUAAAGGAUUUCCUUGAGUAUUUUAACGAUGAUAGAUAAGCUUUUAGGAUUACGGAAGGGCAGCUUUCAAAUAGUUGCUUAUAGCGUGCACUAGUGGAAUGUAGCUGAUAAUUAUUCAUUAAUACCUUUAUCCAUUUCCUAAUAAGUUGGCAAGCAGGCAGUAAUUAGAAAAACAAACGAACUAUGAAAACUCAAUUCUUGCCUAUUGUGCCGAAUGAAUCUCAUAGUUUCAUUUUCAUGAUCUUCUCUUGUUAGUAUUUUUCCAUUAGUCGCCGAAGAGAAAAAUUUUCUUUCAUUUCUGAAAGUGUCAUUUAAUAGUAAUAUAGAUCAAAAUUUUUUAAGACUUUGCUGCAAUCAUACAUCUCAAAUAAUGUCGUUGUGCAAUUCAUUGCAUAAGAAAUGAUAAUUAAUACAUUCUAAUAACAAGUGUUAAAAUAGUGAGAUAAUCUAAAUACAAUAAUAUCCAUCAAUUCUGUUUUGUACACUUCUAAAACAUUUUUUAAUUCCUCAAAUUUUUUUUUUAAAGAUUGUUAUUCUAAUACUUAGUUUUAAAUCCGGUGAAAAGUAUAAUCUACUUCUUCUUUCGACAACACUAGGUUAGGAAACAGCAGGCUUUAGAUUUACUCAUAAAUAUUUGAAUAAAUUUGAAAUAACAUCCGAGAAUUACCCUAAAAUACCAUAUUUUUAACAGCCAAUGUACUUGUUUGAUACUGUAAUUAUUAACAAGUCGUUUUCCAAGUUCAUUAGCUUAGCAACAGAAUUCUGAGCUCAAAGUGAACGCAUUUUUAGUCUUUUCAUUUUAACAAUAGUUUAAAAAACAAUUUAAUACAUUGAAUAGAACAUUCGAUACCAAGAAAUAGUUUAUUUUUUUUCCUUUAUGAAUCUGAGUGCUCGGCAUGAAAUGAAAAUUACAAUUGCAGGAAUUUUCUCUUCUUGAAAAUGUCAAGUAUUCGCAGGUCCACACAUUUCUCACUUAGUUCCUCUAGCUGUUGAACUCCCUGCUUAUGUUGCAUCAUUAUAAUUGUUGUAUUUGGGAGUACCACAUCUGAUGAAAUUAUCUAAGUUGUGCGCAAUCCAUGAAAAAUCUUGCUAAUACUGCCAUAAUAAAUAAGCACGUUACUAUUAUAAAUGCAUUUCAAUAGCAUCCGUAAGCAGCAAAUCAUGAAUAAAUGUUACUAAAUUUUACAAAAUUAAAUCCGCGGUUCGUGUAAAGAGGCUUUUUAAAAGAUUUUGUUUUACAUAUUAAACACAUAUUAAGUAAUGAUUAUGCAAAUGCCAGUGUACUAGUGUUGUAUAUAAAUGUCACUCUAAUCAGCUUUUUCAUAGUUCUGUGAAACAUUAAUACGCAUUUUGACCGAAUGGUGUAGUAUGAUUUUUACUAAAAUGUUUUGAAGUGUUAAUAUAUCUAAGAUUUCUAGAAAUAACGAAUAUUGGAAAAUAGUCUGUCUCACUGUAUACUGUUUCUAGAUUGCAUUUUAUAAAGAGAAUUAUCACACAUUGCAAUUGUACGCUUUUACAUUUAGAUUUAUGUCUAACACCUGGUACUAGAAAUUCGUGAAAUUUCUAAAUAGCUGAUGAGCCCCUGAUUUCUGUUAAAAGAAAAUAGAAAAGAAUUUGUGUAAUCAAAUCAGUUUACUUCCCUGUAAUGCAAGAGUAUAAACAACGAAAUGCAGUAUUUAUAAUGCCGUAAAAUAUAAUUCAGAAAUAUUUAACAUGAAUCUUAGAAUGUAGUUUCAGACAUGACACAAAUAAUUCGGCAUCCAUAAAGUUCUCUAAAUUUCAUCAUGCUUGAAAAAUGAUAGAAAUAUCUUUAUAAAGGAAGAACUGCUUCUAUAAUUAUUGAGUGUAUAAAGUAUUCUCUGUAGUUAAACUUGAGAAGCUUCUAUAUAUAUUAAAUGGGUAUAAUUUACAUGAAAUGAGGAAAUAUAACUGCGGAACUAAACGGCAUGCUUCCCUCAUUGAUUCAGUAUAGCACAGAGGCUCUCAAUCAGGAAAGAAUUGGGGAGAAUUUUAGAGUUUGAAGGGAGGUAAUGUGAUCAGCCUUUUAUUUAUGAGUACAGUUAUUUUUAUUAUUUUAUGAAUUUAUUAGUUUAUGAAUAUAGGACAUUAUAUUUUUUUCAAUUUCAUAUUUACCAACCUUUUCUACACUUUUUUUUGUUUAAUUUAUCAAACACGUUGGAAAAUACUUUAAAUCUAUAUAAAUAUAUGCAUUUAUUUUUAUUUUUCGUGUUUUAGAAAGGAGAGGAAGUGAGCUUCUAGCAGUGGUAAAAGGGGUGCAUGGGGAAGAACAAAAUUAAUUAUAUCAAUAAUUUUUAGAGCUAUAGAAUGACUUAACAGUUAUUCUGAGAAAUUUAUCACAUUUGUGACAUAAUUAAUAGUUUCAUAUGUAUCAAUCAAAUUACCAGUAGUAGGUAGUUUCAAACGAUUUAAUAGAAAUGCAAGAUUUUACGCUGUAUUAUUACUAGAAACUUCAAUUUUGUAUUAAGUUACUCAGCCUCUUGUACAUAUUAUACGUGUUGUAGUGAAAGCAAUUUCGGACAUAUAUAUAUAUAAUUUAAUGAGAGUUGCUUCUAAACUGAGUACGUAAGAUAAUACCUGUCCAAAGUGCAAAUACCUAUUCUGCAAAAAACUAAGUUUUGU